AUGACCCCCCGACGAUACCCUGCUAGCCCAACCGAUCCCAGCCCUCUGGGGAAACCCUUGACUUUUGAAUUCAGCGGCAAGGCGGCCAAGAAUCGAUUGCUCAAAGCUGCCAUGACUGAACGCUUAUCGACCUGGCAUCCUAACAACUUGGAAGAGCGAGGUGGGGAAGGUGGCUUCGGUGUCAUAUUGACCGGCCAUAUCAUGAUUGCAUACGACCAACUAGAAGCAGCCGGGAAUAGCGUUGUAUCUCGUGAUGCGCCCUUUUUUGGGGAGCGCUUCGAGGCAUUCAAGGAGAUGGCUUCUGUCACCAAGCAGCAUGGCAGCUUAGCUGUGGCACAGAUUAGCCAUCCUGGACGUCAGGUUGGCAACCUUAUUCAGAAGAACCCCAUCUCGGCCAGUGACGUGCAGCUAGAAGUCGAAGUCAUGGGCAUGCAUUUUAACAAACCUAAAGCAAUGGAGGAGAACGAUUUCAAGAAUGUCGUUGAAGGUUUUGCUCACGCCGCCGAAUACCUUUACAAAGCAGGCUUCGACGGCAUACAACUACAUGGCGCACACGGUUAUCUCCUAGCUCAAUUCCUUUCACCAACCACUAAUAAAAGGAGGGAUAAAUACGGUGGUUCUAUUGAGAAUCGCUCCCGCCUUAUUUUUGAGAUUGCCGACGCCAUCCGUACUCGCGUCACUGAUCCGUCAUUUAUCAUCGGCAUCAAGGUGAAUAGCGUCGAGUUUCAGGAAGGAGGUUUCUCUACCGAGGAUUGCGAAAUUCUCUGCCGGAACCUAGAGCAACACGGUUUCGAUUUUCUAGAGCUAUCAGGUGGAACCUACCAGAGCCUGGGUUUUACCUAUUAUAGGGAGAGCUCCAAGAAGAGAGAAGCUUUCUUCCUCGAUUUCGCAGACAAGAUCAUCCCGGAGCUGUCAAAGACGAAGGCCUAUGUCACGGGUGGCCUUAGGACAGUGAAGGCCAUGGUUGACGCUCUCGAUACGGUCCACGGCGUCGGCCUUGGUCGACCUGCAACGCACGAGUUCGAUCUUGCAGCCAAGAUUUUGAGUGGCGAAGCAAAUAGUGCAAUUGACUAUCUCCUUGAUGAGCAAAACUUUGGAGUCACGAACAUUGCAUCUGGGGCACAGAUACGUUUGGUGGGCAAGGACAAGCAGCCGCUCGACCUCAGCCGAGAGGACCAUUUGAAAGCAUUCCAGGAUUCUAUGACCCAAUGGGGCCAAGGCAUGACGCAAAACAAGGACAACUUUAAAUUUGGUUUCGUUGAUAUUCAAGGAGUUCGGUUGGAGCCAUACGGCGCCUCCUACGCGUCAGCGUAA